AUGGAGACCAUAUCGCGUCUCCGGGAAGUGUCCAAGGCUGAUGACUCUGACGACGAUGCUAGUCUCUCAGAUGACAGUAGUUUUGGUGGGAAUGAUGCCAGUGAUCAGUCAUCGUUAUCCUCCUCCUCAUCAGAGCCUUCAUCGUCAUCCACGAGUGAUCGAUCGGUGGGAUCUGACCAUGAUGACUCAGACUCAGACCCAGGUGAUUCUAGUAGCUCUCAUUUGAAGCGAGAAUGCUCAAAGAAACGCAAGAGCCCUAAUCGUUAUCUCUCUAAGAAGAAGAAGUCAUCCAAGAAGUACAAGAGGGCAAGAGCUGAAAUACGGGACUCUCCAAGUUUAGAGAUCCCAAAGUUAACAAGAGCUGAUAACUACGAGCUGUGUCGUACCAUGGUGGAGUUGAAACUUAAAGUUUUGAAGUUGUGGUCUCUGGUUGCAGAAAAGACAGUAUUGGAUGAUUCAUGGAGCUCGACAAAGAAACGGCGCUGGAAUGAGCGUUGGCUACGAGCUCAGUCAGUCAUAGCUGGCGAUUGGAUCGCGUCUUGCUGGUCGCUACAGGCGUCUGCUUGUCAACUGUGA